UUCAAGAUGGCGGACGUGGCGGGCCCUUCCCGCCCGAGCGCCGCGGCGUUCUGGAGCCGAGACUUUUCUGAUGAAGAACAAUCAGUAGUAUAUGUUCCAGGAAUUUCUACAGAAGGAAAUAUCAGAUCAAGACAGAAGUUGAUGAGUCCCAAAGCUGAUGUUAAAGUUAAGGCUUCCAGGGUAACUGAUGCUUCAAUCUCCAUGGAGUCAUUAAAAGGUGCAGGAGACUCAGUAGAUAGACAGAAUUUCUGCAAGGAGGGAACAAAGAGUGCAUCAUUGAAGGAUUUAUGUCUUGCAGACAAAAGACGCAUUGCAAACUUAAUUAAAGAACUGGCCAGAGUAAGUGAGGAAAAGGAAGUAACAGAAGAACGACUGAAAGCUGAGCAGGAAUCAUUUGAGAAGAAGAUCAGGCAGUUGGAAGAACAGAAUGAAUUGAUCAUCAAAGAAAGGGAAGCUCUUCAGCUCCAGUAUAGAGAAUGCCAAGAACUUCUAAGCCUCUAUCAGAAAUAUCUAUCAGAACAGCAGGAGAAGCUCACCAUGUCUCUCUCAGAACUUGGUGCUGCUAGAAUUCAGGAACAACAGGUAUCCAGUAGGAAAAGCACUAUCCAGUCUUCAUUUAUGGAACUAGAUGGUUCCUACUUGAGUGUAGCCAAACCACAAAUCAGUCAAACCAAGCAAAGACCUAAGUCUGCAAAGCAGGACUCAGCUUCAGAAUCCCUUAUGGAGUUUAGGAAUAAUUCUUCGAAACCAAUAACACUUCAUCAUCCUAAAGAAGGUCUAGACAGGGUGCCCUCAGAGACCAGAACAUGUAAUUAUGAAUCUCCAGGGAGAAAACCAGUGCAUGCAGUCCCAACAGAGAAAGUUCCACCAGAAGAACUGAAGAUGAAGGAAUGUCCACACCUUAAGCCUACUCUGUCUAUUCACUGUUGUGGUCAUAGUCUUUCUGAAAAUGCAGAUCAUGUUCUUAUGAGCCAUCCUACAGACAUAGCCCCUCAAUAUUCCAAGACGGAUCCAGGGUCAUGCAGUUAUUGUGGGCUCUCUUGGGCAUCUCUGUUGCAUGGCGGAGGGGCACUUCAGCCCAGUGUAACUAAUUUCAAAAAGCAACUCUCAGAAGAUAGAAGGCAACAACUGAUGCUUCAGAAAAUGGAGCUGGAAAUUGAAAAGGAGCGCCUUCAGCAUCUGCUGGCUCAGCAGGAGACAAAGCUUCUUCUAAAACAGGAGCAGCUUCACCAGUCUCGACUGGAUUACAAUUGGUUAAGAACUCAAGCUGUAUUUAAGUCAAGAGAACAGGUUGCUGACAAAGAAUUUACUAAACCCCAAGAGCUUGAUCUGGAUAUGAAUGGAAGUGACUCUGGACCAAGUUUAUUAAAGUCAAAAUGCGAUGACUGGCUGCCUGGAGCAUCAUCAUCCCUUAAAAGGUAUCAAGACUCCACAAACAGUGCAGAGAAUAGGAGAGAGAAGAAAACAGUUGAGUUUCAGUUGCGUAUGGAAGAUGGUGCCCUGUGGACAUGUCAAAAGGAAGAUACGCAUAGACCCCAAAGAGGGACAGUGACAGGAGUUAGAAAAGAUGCAUCCACAUCUCCUAUGCCAACAGGAAGCCAAAAGGAGCUUGUAACCACAGCCACAUCAUCAUUCCAACACAACACCUCCCGGUAUGAGACAUCUCUGUUGGAUUUGGUUCAGUCUCUGAGCCCAAAUUCUGCUCCCAAAACUCACUCCCAUCCCUUCAAAGAAGCUGGGGCCUGGAGUCACAGUACUUUCCGACUCAGUCCUCUAAAAUCGACCGGGAAGAAGAUGGGGGCACACAGAACCCCUGAAGACCUGGAGGAGAAUCAAAUUCUGGAAGAUAUAUUUUUCAUUUGACACUGAAGUGCAUGCUGCAAAAUUUCCAUAGGAAAUUUGUGGGUUUCUUUACACACUUUACAUACUGAUCUAGGAUUUUAAAUUAUUUGAUUGCAAAGUAAUUGUGUCUCUCCUUUCACAGGGACUUAUCCCACUAGCAUCCUGUUACAUAUUGAAUAUAGAAAUCAUUCUAACAAACCCAGGGUGUUUUUGAUCAGACCAGUCAGUAGAUAACACACUAAGGGGGGUGUGGGUGGGGGGACAGUAUCUUUUCUAUGCUAAACAGAGACUAGGAAAUUAACCUAAGAUACUUUAUGCAUGGAGGAGACCAUUGCAUAUUUAGCCUCAUUUCAAAAGUGUGUCCUCCAUUUUCUGCUGAAAAAGAUUGGCUCUCUUUUGUAUACAAGGAAGAUCUUUCCACUGAAAGAUCCCUCUAAUUUAAAAGUAGCCCCUUUGUAACAUAAGCAAUUUCAGAAAUACAAACCCUUUCACCUUUCCUUACCCUGUUCCCUCACCACUACCUCUAUUUAAGUGUGGUCAUGUAAUUCUGAAGUCGGGGCUGGUGCCCCUACCAUGAGUCAGUCUCGGUAGUCAUCAGCCUGGCAGCUGCCCAUCCCAUGAUAAAAGGGCUGAGUGGGCUAGAGGGAGGAACCCAACCAAUCUUUGGAAACAGGCAGCAUUAAAUCACAUAAGAGAGUGACUGCCCUAGGAAAAUCUAGUGGAGGCACAAGCCUGAACACUUUUCCUAUCAAUGUUCAGUUGCCCACCCCUCCAGUUACCCAGGAUGAAUAAGAGCAACCUCUAGGUAGUUCUUGUUGACCCAAGUGUCCAGUUUAUUCACCCUGUUUCACAUGCAGUCUUGUGAACUUCCCAUUGUUGUGUCUGGGGAAGAUGCUACUAGAGGGAUUGGGCAUCCAGCUGCUGCAGGCUGAUAGGCAUCCUCCAGCCCUCUCCACUCAUUCCAUGAGGAGGAAAGGCCCUGGGUUGACCAGGUCAUGCAUGUACUGUGCUCAGGACCACUAUCCAUGGCCCCGAAGAACCAUCUUCACUUGCCAGAUUAUGCUUCACCACCCUAAGCAGGGUCUCCCCCACUUCUCCACUGGGCCUCACUUUGACCCAGAGAAAGCCUGUGGAAGAAGUACAGUUAACAUCUCAUUCUCUCUUUUGUCUUCCUAUUCAGCAGAGCUCUUGAGUUGGGUCCAUCAGCUUACAGUGGGCUCUAGCAGCCUCUCAAGCUGAUGGGCAGUAUGAUGAGCCUGGUAGAGCCAAUGAGUUAAAAACUCCCCAGUCAUUGGAAGCAAAGGGAGAAUGUGUUCCCAUGCGUAUGCUGCUUGAUGAUUUUAUUUGAUCUGGAGGGUGUGGCUUUUUUGUUCCCUCUCCCUUUCACCAACCCCAGGCUUACACUGGGAGCAAGAGUCUUUCAGUGUUGGUAGUCAAGGUCAGACCACCCAGGGCAGCCUGCAUGUAGUGAGCCUGCAUGGCUUCCCUGAGUUCUUUAUGUAUCAAAACUAGAUUAUUUCAUCUAGAAAAGCUUUGUUGAGCAGCCCCCUUGUCCAGAUAGAUACAAACUUCAUCGUCUGUUCAGCUGAGCCUGGCCCUAUUGCCUCCACCCAGCCUUCCUUCUCUUGGUCUUUUGUUCUUUGGGGGAGAGAAAAAUGGAACCUACUAAUGUCAUAUUCUUAAUCGAAGUAAAUAGAAGGUCAGGACUAACUAGUUGUAGUCAUUGCUUUGAAAAGUUGAAAAAUCAUUGCAGAUUAUAAUUUCCUUUUAAAGUUCACCCCAGCAAGAGUAAUCAAAUCAGUUUCAUCCAAUUUCAAAAAGCCUUUGGAACAUGGAACUUUCUUUGAUGUGGCAGAAAUGGGCAGAUGGCAAACAGAGCCCUCAGCCACUUUCUCAGUUAAGUUAGUUUUACAGAACUAUCUUUUCCUUGCCCCCUAUGUCCCAAGCAGCGUAAGUGUACGUGACUCCCUAAGCCAGAACCACAUGCACCUGUUCUGGAUAUUAGCGUCCUACUUCUCUCUGGAGUGGGAGGAUGCAGAAGGAUCAAGAAAAUGAUUGUGAUUUCUUUAAGAAGCUUGUUUGCCUUUAGAAGAAUCAUAAGCAGGAUCUAAACUAAAGGCUUCUUGGAGUCACAUGCCACAGAGUGGAAUUUAAUUGCUCCUUUAUCUUCUAAAUGAGCAAUUAGGAAAAGUGAAGAUGGGUUUUCAGCAGAGUAUCACUCAGCAUAUUUUUCAUAUGCCACACUCCCCCUCUAGUUGCCCUGCUCUAGCCUAUAGACCUUUUGUUGGUGCUGGUUUGAGGGCAAUAGGAUGUGAAUUUGUAUAUGAUCUAGGGUCUUUAUUAUUAAUUGAGUAGUAUAAAUUAACAUUUUAAUCUGGUUUUAUUUACUUAGAAUAUAUAUAUAUAUAUGAAUAUAUAUAUAUAUAUAUAUAUAUAUAAGCCUUGAGGCUUAACCUAAUUACAGAAUAUCCCACCAAAAGAGAGGUUCUAGCAUGAAGGAAUCUCUUUCCUGCCUGUGAAGUGCUCCCAUAGUGACUGGUUUGGAUUUGCUUGCCAAAUCUCUAGACACUUCCCCAAAGCAAGACUGUAUACAUAUUGAGGGUGCUGCAGGAAUGCUACAUUGCCCAUCCUGGUACCCACCAUCCUAAAAGAGAAAAACCAAUCAAUGUUUGCAAAAUAGAUAAGACAAAAUAUGUCCAUUGAAAUUCCCUAAGUAAGGCCCAAAGUGCUUGAUUUAGGAAACCCGAGUUUUUCAAGGAAAAGCUUUUGCUGACAGUCACCCUUCCAGGAGGCACAUAUGUGUUUAUCCAAAACUGAUCCCCAUGGUGGGGACUGACUUAGAGCACCCCAGAUGUCAUGGAGGGGAAAUUAUUCCCUUUCUCCUCCUUCAGAGCCACUCUUCACAUGGCCCUGCUUCUAGCACCAGGUUUUAUACUAGAGAUUUGCUGGGCAGAGACUCAAGGAAGGGGAGAGGCCUAAAGGAGCAGAGCUGGGUGAAGUCUGCUAAGGGAGGUAGAAGCUAUGGCAGACUCCUCCUGAUUCAUGCUUUAUCCUCAGCUCAGUGUGUGUUUUUAAUGUGGGCAAAUGUUUAUAUACAUGUGAGAUUUUAAGUUAAUAAAUUAUCUCUGGCUAUUUUCCCCAUGUGGUUUUGAUAUUGAACUGUCCCUCAUCAGAUCAGUGGGGCAUUGCUUGAAAGCAAGAGCAGAGCCCCAGGUUAGCAAAAUGAUAUUUUCCUCAGGGCUUGUUAAAACAACAGGCACAUGUGGUCAGCUGAAAGAAAGGAAAUGGUUUGCCACAUCCUAAUAGGUUAUCCUGGUGUGGCACCAGCUCUUUCACAUCACAUGGACACCAAGCCUCCUCUAGUUUGUGUGGUUGCUGGAAUGAAAUUCCACCUAUGCGCCUACCCACAUAGAUGCUCAGCAAGAAAGAACUAUCAUAGCACUUUGGGCAAGGAAAAAUGGUCCUGCCUAGUUGGCCUUAGGUGCUGGAAAAAUACAGAUGAAGGCUUGAGUGCCUGAAAUGCUCAGUUCUGAGAUCACAUUGGUGGAUUAAAUUAAGCCACCUAGAGACCCUGUCCUGCCCCUGCUUACCAAGCUAGCCUGGCAUCUCCACCUGAAAAAGGAGACUUUGUAGCUGCCCCUCAGAGGCAGAGGUGGCAAGAACAAAAUCAUCCCUCAACCAGCUCUCAAGCUGAAAAUGAGAUCAGCGAAGUUUGCACCAGUUGUCAUAAGGUUACCCUUGAGUUUAGGAACAAAGCUGGAGAUGAGUGGGGUGAAGGUGAUGCCCAUCCACAGAGGAAGCAUGAGCUGGCAGCUAGAGAACCAGUUUCACAGAUUACUGACCAGUUAAAUGGUUUCUCAGAGUUGCUGUUCAAGCAACAGUUCCUAAGCACCUACAAUUCCAUUGCUCCAUUCCAAAGUGGGACCUUCUAACCUCUCAGGCUUCAGGUUUAUGGCUAUUUUUGCCUCUAUGUCCACCUCCACCACACACACACAGAACUGGGGAACCACCUUGUCUUAGUCCAUUUGUGCUGCUACAACAAAAUACCUGAGACUGGGUAAUUUAUAAAGAACAGACAUUAAUUUCUUACAGUUCUGGAAGCUGGGAAGUCCAAGAUCAAGGUAGUGGCAGGUUCAGUUGUCUGGUGAGGCUGCAUCCUCCAGAGGGGCAGAGUGCUGUGUGAUCACAUGGCAGAAGAGCAGGCUAGCAAGCUCCCCAAACACUGCAUGACACCUCUUUAAUACGGGCCUUAACCCCAUUAAUGAAGAAGGAGCCCUCGUGGCCUAAUCACCUUUCAAAGGCCUUUUAAUACCAACUCUUUGGCAACACCUGAAUUUUGGAGGGGGAACACAUUCAAACCAUAGCACACCUAGAAAAUGCUCCUGGCCUAUUCUACCUGCCCUCAACACAAUCUCAUCAUCUUCCAGAGUCACAGAAUUCUAUGGCUUAAGGCCAUAUAAUUUGCACCAUAAAGCCCAUAUAAUUUAUCAUUUUCAUUUUACAGAUGAAAAAAGUUCAGAGAAAAGUGAAUUGCCUGAGGUCCCACAUCCUGUCAGUGGCAGAUCUGGGUGUCAGGCUCAUACCCUCCUCACUACAGCAUGUCACCUGCCUUGAUAAGCUUUUUUUUUUUUUUUCCCUUGGCCAGUACGGGGAUCCAAACCCUUGACCUUGGUGUUAUAACACCAUACUCUACCAAGUGAGCUAACCAGCCAGCCCCCCGAGAUAAGCAUUUUUAAGAUUCUCAACUAGGACUGAGCAUUCUACCACCAUCUCUCAGACAUGAGCCCUCACAGACCACUUGGGCCAAGGUGAGCAAAAAUUGUUUGCUCCUCAGAGGUUCUGUAGGUUAGUAACCCUCCAGGAUUGAGUCCCACCAUCUGGAAUGCUUUCUGUCCAUGGAGGUGGAGGCUAUGCGAAAGCUAUCUGAAGCAACAUUCUUAGUAAAAAGAGACACAUCUCUCCAGGUGGCAUAAAGGGUGUGACUGUCUUCUCAAAAUAAUAGAGCUGUUAUUAAGAGUAGUUAAGACCUCUUCUGCAAAAACAAUGGCCAAAGUAAGGGUGAGGCCUCCCUCAAUUAGAUAGAGGAAGUGGUAGCUAUACUAGUAUAAGUAAACCAGUAGGCUGGUACUUGGAGUCCAGUAGAAAUGACCUAUAGCAUAUGUUGUAAAUGGAGCAACCAACUACUUUGUCCAUCACCUGCCAAAUCCCAAGGCUUGUCUUCAGGUCUUCAUUAGUGCUUUUGGCCAGUUGAGUGUCUUCCUUGGGCCCAGGAUCAUGUUAGAUGGUAUUGACCCCGCUAGGGAAAGUGGUUAACAGCAUGAGCUGUGUAACCAAGUAGACCUUGGUACAAAUCUCAGUUACCCUGCUUAGUAGUUCAAUGAUCUUAGGCAAAAUAUUAACCACACUGAAUUUAAGUUUCUUCAUCUGCAAAAUGGGGGUGAUAAUGCAUCUCUCUCAUAGGGUGGUUGUGAGGAUGAAAUCCAUGAGAUAAUGUAUAUGAAGGGCUAGGUAUAAUAUCUGACAUGUAUAAGUAGGAGUUCCACUAGUAGUAGCUAUCAUUAUCAUUAUUAUUACUCUGAACUUACAAACUAUGAAAUUUUUAAUAACAAUAAAACGAGCCAUUGCAGUAAAUUUUCCAGUGACUGGUAGGAGGCUUAAAUGCUACAGUUUUUGCAAAUUGCUAAGCCGAGUUUACCUAGGCUUUAGGAGAGGAGGAGAAAAAGGAAGAGAGAUUUGACCUAAACUUUGGAAGAGUAUCUCUGCGAUAGGUGAACAGUAGGAAGGGAUUUGUGGAUGUAAAAGUGCAAAAGUUGAGUAUUCAUUAGCAAGAAAACUCAAGAUGUGAUUUGAAAGAAGGGUGAGGAGGUCAUGGCUACGGGAGGUACUAGAAGAGAAGAUGUGGUUUAAUAAGUUGAGAGAAGUAUGUUGGACCCAAAUUGUGGAGAAUGCUAAAUGUCAGGCAAUGAAGUUUUAUCCUUCAAGCAGUGAAAAGCCAUAAAAGAUUUUGAAAUUACUUGUUUAGACAUAUCUAUCUAGCAGUAGUGUCAGGCUGUAUUAGAGGGGACAAGAUAAGGAAGGUAAGGAAAAUAACAUCUACUGAGUGUCUACUGUUAGGUAAGGUCUAUAGAUACACUUUCAUUUAAUCCACAAAGAAACCUUAAAAAGUAGGUGGCAUUAUCCCCAUUUUAUAGAUGAGAAAAUUGAUCUUAGGUUAGGUGUGGUGCCUCAGCCACUAAAUCAUGGAGCUAGUAAGUGGACUGGGAGACUGUAGCUGUCCCAUUCUACAGCCAUGCUCGUUCUACUGUACAAGUUUUCUUCAUGCUACCUUAAGCAGGUGAGACUUUAGUCAGAGAUACCAAUUGUUAUGAAGAUAUUGCCACAGGCCUGGUGUGAGAUUAGAAGUUUGGGGCUCCCUCCCACCCACCCCACCUUACCAGUUGCCUCUUAGUUUUAUACUGAUAGGACUGUGUAGAAGGAUAUGUAUUUGAUAAGCUGCUAUUAUCAGGCUUUCUAAUACUUCAUCCCAAGUCUAGAUCUUGGGAUGAACCACCCAUAAGAGAGUUAAGAGCUAUAGAUCAGACACACCUAGAAUCUGCCUCACAUGCCAGGGACUGAGUUGGAGAGAAUGACUUCAACUGCAGCAUUUAUAUCAACUUUGCUCAAUUGAAUGUGUGCACCAAACAAAGUCAGAAUCACACUGACUGAUGAGAUGAAUAACAGGGCAUUGUGGAAGAAGUAAUGAGCAAGGGAUGGGAAAAGAGGUCAUAAAUUGCUCCAGUGGACCUCCCUUAAUGUAAACAUAAUGAGAGUUGAUAAGGUGUUGAACCCCAAUAGUGGCAAUGACAGCAAUGAAGGGAAGGAUUUUAGAGACAAGUAAGAAGUGUCCCCAGGCCCCCAUACAGUGCUGGUGGGAAUGUAAAAUGUGCAGCAACUUUGGAAAAUAGUCUAGCAGUUCCAGAAAAUUUUAAGUAGAGUUAAUUUAUGACCUAGUAAUUCUCCUAGAUAUAUACCUAAAAGAAAUGAAAAGAUACAUCCAUACAAAAAAUUUUGCAUGGAAAAUUUCUAUCACCUGGUAAAUGGAUAAAAAAAAUGUGAUACAUCCAUACAAUGGAAUGUUAUUUGGUAAUCAAAAGGAACGAAGUACAUGCUAUAACAUGGAUGAACCUUAAAAAAAUUAUGCUAAGUGAAAGAAGCCAGUCACAAGAGACCACAUAUUGUGUGAUUUCAUUCAUAUGACAUGUCCAGAUAGGCCAAUCUAGAAAGUUAAUUAAUGGUUGCCUAGGGCUGGGGGAAUGGAGGGCCACUGCUUCGGGGUAUAGGGUUUCUCUUUGGGGGUAACAAAAAUGUUCCAAAAUGCAUUGUAAUGGUUGCAUAACUGUGAAAAUACUAAAGACCACUGAACUGUACACUCUCAACUGGUAUAUUAUACACUAUGUGAGUUAUAUCUUAUAAAGCUGUUACAAAAGAAAAAGAUGACGACUGCAUGUCCAUGGGCCUUGGUUGCUGACUAGCCAGUAGUGCUGCAAAGUCAGGAGUAAAAUCUUGAUCAGUGUCUCUCUAAACUGGACUUGGAGGAAAGCCAGUUUGUGAAGUGUUAAGGUGGACUGAGUCAAAGACUGGUCACCUCAAAUCUGGCUAUAAAAGGAAGGAGAGAGCCAGAAUUGGGGGGUAGAAGGGAUAAAAAGUCAGGUGGAAGUCUGGGCUCUCUACAGGGCAUUUUUCAAGUUGGGGGCCCUACACUUGAUUGAAGUACCCUGAUUCCCAGCCUGGGUCCCCAGAAUCCUAAAGACCAGAAGGUGUUACUAGUAAUCCAUGAACAAUUUUCCUUAUUUCAGAAAGACUAAUGGAAAUCUUACGUGUCUGUAGAUGAAUGCUGUACAGGCCAUCCAUAAUAUCACUUCUUUACUUUGAACUGGAAAUCACUACCUCAAGUUGUGAUAACCUUGGUUA